AUGAGCUCGCUCUCGUCAUCGACAAGCUCCUCCGGGUCCGAUCAGUCGGCAGCGUAUACACUACUAGAGAAGCUCGGUACUGGCAGCUUUGGUACAGUAUGGAAGGCUGAAGACGAAAUUACCGAGAUCCAGGCUGAGAUCGCGCAUCUAUCGACCUGCUCAUCUGACCGAGUGACUCGUUACUUUGGCAGCUUCGUGAAAGGGUACCGUCUGUGGAUUGUGAUGGAGUAUCUUGCCGGAGGUAGCUGUCUGGAUCUGCCGGGGGUGUUCACCGAGAGCGAGAUUGCGAUUGUUUGCCGAGAGCUGCUGGUGGGCUUGACAUACCUGCACUCCGAGGGCAAAAUCCAUCGCGACAUCAAAGCCGCCAAUGUUCUGCUUGCAGACGAUGGAUCCGUCAAACUGGCACAACUGUCGUCCCACAAGUCCCAGCGGCAUACAUUCGUGGGCACACCGUUCUGGAUGGCCCCAGAGGUUAUCAGACAGACGGGCUAUGACGCGAGAGCAGACAUCUGGUCUCUUGGCAUCACAGCCAUUGAGAUGGCAAAGGGCGAACCACCGCUAUCUGAAAACCACCCAAUGAAGGUGCUGUUCCUCAUCCCCAAAGCCGACGCUCCGCGGCUGCAGACCCCGCCCUGGAGCACGGAUUUUUCCAGCUUCAUCGCAUGCUGCUUGCAAAAAGACGCCCAGAAGCGCGCUACUGCCAAGGCUUUGCUUCAACACCCGUUCAUCACGUCCGCGGGCUCCACGUCGGAACUGGGAGGGCUGAUACGGCGCUACGCAGCUUACCGCAAGGCCAACCUGAAGACAUCUGGCCCUGCCCCGGAUCAUGCCGGUACAAUCGCGGGGACAACAGGCGGCAUGGAGUGGGAUUUCGACGAGACUAUUCGCGGGACAGUCAAAGGCAUGCCAAUCCAUUUGGACUUGGAAGCGCUGGAUGCCAGUAUCGAUCAGGCAUCUGGGCCACAGCGAAUUCCGUCGUUCGGCGGCGGGGUGGCCGCAGGAACCGUCAGAAUGCCAACCCCGACAGAGGAUGCGGAGGCAAGUGGGACUGUCCGACCGCCCAGGCAUAAAGAGGCCAGCGCUCGACCAUCGGCCACUGGCAGCACGUCCUUCUGGGAUUUGGGCGAGCUGGAAGCUAGUGACGCACGCUGUGUCAGCUCUAUUCGCGAAGGGUUCAGCCAGUUGGCCAAACAGAAUCCGGCGCUCACCGCUCGCAUUGUUUCCCAUCUCAUGGGGGAGGUGAACAAGCCUGAUCUCCUCGCCACGGAAACCUCCUCGGACGACGACGACCUGAUCACGGAGCGAGGUCCCAUUGCCGACCUCCUCUAUCAACGAUGGUUUGACGGGCUCAAAGUGAAGGUCGCUGCGUGA